UUCGGAGCGGUUUGGACGGGUUUUCGUUACCAAACUUCGGAUUAGGAGUGGUUUCGGAGAUUAGGCCGUUCUAAAUGGACUGGUUUCGGAUGCAGUUGUGAAUCCGAAUUAUCCGUAAUUAUUAUUUAAAUUUUUAAAAAUUUGUUUUGUCUGUGAUUAUUGCGUGCUCCCCAUGCGUGGCGUUAUCUAGCAAACAAUAAGCAAUAAGAGCGGAAGUACAGUACUUAUUCUCCGUAAAGCGCUACCACCCUCACCCAAAGAUUACCGACGCGCGCGCACGCCAUGGUUGCCGCGUCGCAUGUGCGCGCAUUUAUUCAAGUCAAGUGUCGAAAACUGCUAAAACAAAUACCAAGUAUGUAGUUGUUUUCAUCAAUUUCUGCAACACAAGCUGUUUAUUUUUGUAAUUCGCGAUGUCAGAAGAUGCGAUCGAGAUUUCCAGCGACGAGGAUGCUUCAGCACCUAAGACUAGUUCAGGCAAAAAACGUUUGCAUUCCUUUUCGGAAAAAGUGUAUAAACGCGAAGAUGUAGUAUCUGGUUUGGACGGUGGCACCUUGUCGAAGGUGCAGGCCACCGGGGCCAGCAGACGUUCGCAGGUGUGGGAACAUUUUAUGGAAAUCCAUGAAGUUGGAUCUGGCGAUAUUUUACCAUACGUAUACUGUGUCUCGUGCAAAGAGGUUUUCAAGCACAUCUCGCGAAACGGCACUUCCCAUUUAUCCAGCCACAUCAGGGACUCCUGCAGGCCAGUUGUUGUGAAGAGCCAACCAAAAAUCACUUCCUUCGUUCAAAGUGGAAAAGCUCCAGUUGUUUCUGUUACUGCGAAGACAAUGGUCACGGAAAGCUGCGUUCGUUUUGUUGCAGAGGACAUGCGGUCGUUCGAGUCUGUGAAAGGGAACGGGUUUAUUCGACUUAUUCAAACAGCCAUUGACAUCGGCGACCAGUACGGAAAGGUUUCUGCAGCCGAACUUUUGCCACAUCCAACGACCGUGAGCCGAAAUGUAGAGAGCACUGCAAAAAAGUUGAGAGCAGCCUUAUUUCCAAAAAUAGCUGAAAUUCUGCGCACUGAUGGUGGAGCCGUGUCUUUUGAUUUUUAGACGGAUCCCUGCAACAGCGUGCAUUAUAUGGGAAUGACAGUUCACUAUAUCUCCGAUUGGAACCUAAUGGAGUAUGUUGUUUUCGUUUCGUGCUAUGAUCCGUCGGUCCGAAAGACUGCCAUAAAUGUGAGAAAGUUUUUAUCGGAGAAGCUUGCACUAC